UGCAAAUCAAUCUUGAUUGAAAACUAGAAAGAAGGCCUUGGCCUGUAACAAAUUUGUCUUUUUGAAGAUCAUGAAGGACACAAUCGCCGAUUUUUAAGUUACGCUAAGAUUCGCUGUAAAAAAGGCAUAAAAAAACAUCAGAGUUAACAAAAUGCAUUGCGUACGUGCUAGCAGGAGAGCAUUAUUUGUGCUGAAAAAUGUCCCAAAACUUGACAAGGUCAAGCUAGUGAAGUCACUGAAGGUUGCUUAUGCAGAUCUUGAUGGGAGUCUGAAUACAGUUGCACGCUUUAGCACCAGCUGUGUCAAGCUCAUAGCACCAGAAUACACGACCGACACCAACCCAGGAGUGCGGCGUGGCCCGUUCGCUAAAGUCACAGAUAAAGAUAUAAGUUUUUUCAAGGACCUUCUCGCUAAUCGUGUUUUGAAAGGAGGUGAAGGUCACGAUGACGACCUUGAUGAGUACAACGUUGAUUGGUUGCAGAGUUAUCGAGGACGAAGUAAACUAGUCCUAAAACCAAAGACAACCGAAGAAGUUUCCAAGAUUGUGAAGUAUUGCAAUGAAAGAAGUCUUGCAGUUGUACCUCAAGGAGGCAAUACCAGUCUUGUUGGCGGAAGUGUGCCUGUUUUUGAUGAAAUCGUCCUCUCUAUGAAACUAAUGAACCAGGUCAUUAGUCUUGAUCCAAUAUCAGGUAUCCUGAUUUGUGAAGCUGGAUGCAUCCUGGAAAAUUUAGAAGCAUACGUCGGUGACCAUGAUCUUGUGAUGCCAUUGGAUCUAGGUGCAAAGGGAUCAUGUCAUAUAGGAGGGAACAUCUCGACGAAUGCAGGCGGAGUGCGCUUGUUGCGAUAUGGGUCGCUGCAUGGCUCGGUGCUAGGUUUGGAAGUUGUGCUGCCAAGUGGUGACGUUCUUGAUUGCCUCUCUACACUCAGGAAGGACAACACAGGUUACGACAUGAAGCAACUCUUCAUAGGCUCCGAGGGAACGCUCGGCGUGAUCACCAAAGCUGCUAUUCUCUGUCCAACGAAACCUAAAUCAACACAAGUUGCCUUCUUGGGUCUUCCAAACUUUCAUAAUGUUAUAAAAACCUUCAAAGAGGCCAAAGGUAUUCUUGCUGAGGUGCUUUCAGCAUAUGAAUUCAUGGACAGCCAAUCCAUGGAUGUGGUAAGAGAUCGUCUUGGAUACAAGUCCCCAAUUCCGGAUCAUUCGUUUUAUGUUUUGAUCGAGGUGUCGGGAUCAAACGCAGAACAUAACGAAGAAAAGUUGAACCUGUUCUUGGAGAAGGUGAUGGAGGCGGGAUAUGUGGAGAAUGGGACAGUCGCUACAGAUAGCAAGAAAAUAAGUAAUAUUUGGGCCCUGAGAGAAAAUAUUGCUGUGGGACAAAAAGAUGCCGGACACACUUAUAAAUAUGACAUAUCAAUACCUCAAGAUAACAUGUACGACCCUGUUGAGAUUAUGAGGGAGCGGCUCAAACACUUUGGCCCCAAAAUUCUGUAUUGUUUGGGAUAUGGUCACUUUGGUGAUGGUAACCUUCACUUGAAUGUUUCAACCGAAAAAUUCGACCGUGACGUCCUACACAAGAUUGAACCAUUCGUCUACGAGCUGACGGCAAACUACCGCGGCAGCAUCAGUGCAGAACACGGCCUCGGCUUCAAGAAAGCUAACGCAAUCUCGUACAGCAAAUCGGACCUGGCGGUAAAAUUGAUGAGUCAGACGAAGAAGUUGUACGAUCCUAAAGGGAUUAUGAAUCCGUAUAAAUUGUUACCGACCCACAGUUCAUUGUUUCACUAUGAUCAGUAAAGAUCACGUCGCUGUACAAAUCUUUAAAGGUUCAGUACUUCAUUGAAAAUGUUGGAAUGUCAUAAUUUGAAUUAGAAUUUGAAUAUUGUUUCUAGAAUUAUGAUGGAUGUACUGGGUCUUUAAAGUUUUCCGUCACAAGUAAUUGUGAAUAAUUAGAUUUGAUAAUCAUGAACUUAGAAGGUGCUGGCAUGCAUGUGUCGUUUCAGUUUGUUAACUAUGAUAAGUUACAGUAUGUGCCUUAAGGCUGAUAGUGUUACAGGGUGUGGCAAUUCUGUUAAUUGUAGAAAGGUUUGGGCUUAUCAUUGUGUCAACCGUUUAUGUGUAUAUAUUAAAAAUAAUAUUGCAAGAAUGGCUUUAUAUGUAGUUCAGAUGUAAAGUACAAUCAUUUAUUUUGGUACUUACAUGUAAUUUAGGUUUGUUCUCUUCUGUUGAUUUUGUGAAAGUGCCAUAUGUACAGAUUUUAUUUUCAAAUCGUCCUAAAAUAGUCUUCCAUUACUAAUAUAAAAAGAAAGUUGUCUGUUGCGCAGACAAAUUUAAUUCAUCCAAAAAUAAAAAGCA